AUGCUUAUUCCUAUUUUACUCGUUUCCCUCAUUUCAUCAAUCAACGCUGCAUCGAUAGCAUCUCGUUCGCAGUCCUACCCAUUAUCUCAGCCAGCAGUGCUUGGCCCCAAGACUAGAAUAACCAUAGGUAAUAAGGUCAUCGCUCCUGAUGGCUUCGAACGCUCAGCAACUCUAGUUGACGGUAUAUUCCCUGGACCAUUAAUUGCAGCCCAAAAGGGAGAUGACUUUGCCAUCGAGGUGGUCAACGAGCUCAAAGACGAAACGAUGUUCAAGAGUACUAGUGUCCACUGGCACGGUAUCUUCCAGAAUGGGACGAAUUACGCCGAUGGGGCAUCCUUCGUUACACAAUGCCCCAUUGCGCAAAAUCACUCUUUUUUACACUCUUUCUCCGCUCCGAAUCAGGCAGGCACCUACUGGUAUCAUAGUCAUUAUUCUUGUGAUGGUCUGAGGGGACCCCUUGUAAUCUAUGAUCCUGAUGACCCUUUGGCAUAUAUGUAUGAUGUCGACGAUGCGAGUACCGUAAUCACACUUUCUGACUGGUAUCACGUUGUGGCUCCGGUCUUGCGCCACAUCAUAGGCACGACCGCCAACUCCUCGCUCAUCAACGGACUCGGUCGAUACGCUGGCGGACCCAUGUCUGAUCUCGCUGUGAUCAAUGUCGUGCCAGGAAAGCGAUAUCGCAUGCGCCUGGUUGCAAUGUCAUGCGACCCCAGCUUCCAUUUUUCCAUCGAUGGCCACAACUUGACCGUCAUCGAAGCAGAUGGACAGCUGACCGAACCCCUGGUAGUAGAUGAGCUCCGGAUUUUUGCGGGCCAGCGCUACUCUGUGGUUCUGGUAGCUGAUAAGCCGGUGGAUAAUUACUGGAUGCGCAGUCUUCCUAAUUUGACAAAAGCCUCCUACGAGGGAGGAAUGAACUCUGCAAUCCUGCGCUAUCAAGGCGCCCCGAUUGCCGACCCGACCACGGUCUAUACGGCAUCCAAGAACCAAUUGAAUGAGACUGACUUGCAUGCUCUGAUCAAUCCCGGCGCCCCUGGCAUUCCAGGGUAUGGGAAGGCAGACAUCAACCUCAACCUCUCGGUUAAGAACUCCAACGGCUCAUUCUAUGUCAAUAAUGUCACUUUCCAAUCCCCCACCAUUCCUAUUCUACUCCAAAUUCUCAGCGGAGCUCGAGAACCGUCUGAGCUGCUUCCAGAGGGGAAUGUCAUCGUUCUAGAGGCUAACAAAGUGGUAGAGUUGACAUUGACAACAAGCGGUCCAGGUGGACCUCAUCCCAUACACCUUCAUGGGAGCGCAGGGAGCAGAACCUUCAAUUAUGUGAACCCCGUUCGUCGCGAUGUAGUCAGUGCUGGCAGCACCCCUGACCAACAAAUGGUGAUCCGAUGGACGACGGACAAUUCUGGCCCCUGGUUCUUGCAUUGUCACAUUGACUGGCACCUCGAUGCCGGUUUUGCGGUGGUAAUGGCCGAAAGUCCCUCUGACACCCGCGCACAUUUGAACCCCGUUCCAGAGGAUUGGCAUCAGUUAUGUCCGGCCUUUGACUCUUUAUCACCCUCACAGUUAGGGGCGGAGGUCGGGAGUCCUAUGAAGAAGCAUCCAAAAUCAGCACACUUCUCUUCCCGCCAUCACCACUUCCUUAGAUACAGUAGUAAACGUCCUAAUCAUUUUCAUCUCUUAGGGGGUAUACUGGGGUAGCAUACUGAUGGACAAUCUCUACUUAGCAUAUUUUACUCUACAUAGAAUAGGAACCGCUAUAAUUAACUCUCCCCGGUAAUAUCCGGUAAUAUUAUUAUACCAGGCCGAAUUCCUUGACCUUCCUUUGUCAUGACAACGGUCAAUGCAU